AUGACUUCGAUUUCUCCUCAACAUGAUUUACUAGACGAUUCAUCCGCACCUCCACACCCUGUCACUGCUUCGAAUGGGCGCAUGCACGGGCCAACAUCAAUGCUUGAAGGCCUAUACGGCGCUCAGAAACGACAAGACCUGCCACAGAAACGGAAGAGAGUCGAGGCAAUUGUGAUCGAUGAUGAUGACGCCGAUGAGAAGGACAAGGAGAAGAAGCGCAGCAUGGCUCGUCAUAAGGGUACUGGCAUUAUUGGCGCGUACAUGAGAGAGGAAAAGGAAUUGGCUCCUCCUUCAAACAGUGCGCCUGUGGACCUCACUAAAGAUGGCGAUGAUGAAGAUCUAGUGAUACUUAGUGAAAGACAUCAGCCUCUUCAAGAAGUAUGCUAUGGCCUACUUGACGCAAAAGUCCAGGCCCACAAAAUCCCCAAGCCGUCCAAAAAUGCAGGACUGGGAGGAUCUCAAGGCUCCUGGCCUGCAAUGACCUGCAAACUCCUUCGAGAUCCUGCUAGAGAUAUGAUCAUCAAAGUCAUUGACCCGCACGAUACAGAAUUCGGACGACUUGCUCCAGAAAGCGCCAUAGCCCUUGCCCCGGUCAUGGAUUCCUUAGGCUCAUCACUUCGAACACAAGCUCGAUUAAUCAUGCGAAAGAAAGGUGUCAAUGAUUGGCCCGGUCAACCAUGUUCUGAGACCAUGGGAAUGGUGUUAAACUUGUACGGCCCAAGAAAAGACGUUGAGAGAGUCGGAAGAUACUUAGGGCAGCAUAAUCUGUGGUUUCGGCAGCCUGUUAUGGCAGACAAAGGCGUACCUAUAGUCAAUCCGCACACGCAAAGACACGAAGCAGCUAUGGCUGGUAAAAAGCACUCGUUGACCGGAAACACACAGGCCACCAACGACAGUCGUACACAAGAGGAGGCCGUUACUGCGGUGUCGAAGCUUUUCGACGCGGUUGCCAGCAACGCAAAAGCUCUACCAGAGUUGGAUCCUCCCUCAACGGUAACCACAAAACUACUCGGUCACCAGCGUCAGGCGCUUUGGUGGCUUCUUGAGCGUGAGAAGCCUCGUGCCUUUGGAGACGAAGAGGCAGACAACAGCUCACUGUGGCGGAAAGAGCGAAACGACAAGGGAUACGUGCGAUAUCGAGAAAUAGUCGCGGGUAUCACAGUAAACGAAGAGCCACCGCAAGUCUUGGGAGGCCUGCUUGCCGACGUCAUGGGUUUAGGAAAGACCAUUGAAAUUCUGGCACUUCUUGCUUCCACCAAGGAUGAAGCUCACAAGUUUGGUGAGGAGAAAAUCGUGCGCAAGAACGCAGAUGAAACCAAUAUGGUUCGGAAUGCGAAGUCGACACUGCUGGUAUCACCACUAAGUGCUGUCAAGAACUGGGAAGACCAAACAAAAGAGCAUCUCGAACCGGGAGCACUGACACAUUAUGUCUAUCACGGCCCCAACAGAACCCAGAACGUGUACGAGCUGUCCAAGUACGACAUCGUGAUCACUACGUAUGGUACGCUUGCUGCCGACUUCUCGAAAGGGGCCAACGGCGUGCUUCAUCGCUUGAAGUGGUUCAGGAUAGUGCUUGACGAGGCACAUACUGUUCGAGAAUCCAAGUCAUUGCAAGCGCAGGCCGCAUAUAGUGUCUGGGCCACUCGGCGAUGGGCUUUAAGCGGAACGCCUAUUCAGAACCGUCUCGAUGAUCUUGGCUCGCUUACUCAGUUCCUAAAGCUGGCUCCAUAUGACACUCCGCAGGGCUUCGUCCAGCAUAUUCGGUCUCCAGCAUCUCAGCCUGCCAACGACACGUUUCUCAAAAGCUUGCGGGUCUUUGUCGAUUCAUUUACUCUGCGCCGGCUGAAAGACCGCGUCGAUUUGCCACCACGUCGAGACUUGAUUUGCAAGCUGCAGUUCACAGAGAGUGAGAAAGAACUCCACGACUUCUUCCGUAGUCAGUUCAAUUGGCAGAUGAAAGAAAUGGCAGAGAAUAAGAAGAAAAGGGGCAAGAAGAAGGAUAAGAGCAAUCCAAGUGGUGGUUAUAUCAGAGCAUUGCAAGGUAUUCUUACUCUACGGCUGAUUUGCGCCCAUGGAAAGGAGCUAUUGAAUGAGAGCAACAGAGCACUUCUGCAAGGGCGGAGCAAAUCGGAAGCCAUAAACAUCGAUGAUCCGACAGGAAGCCCUGCCUUUGAUGAGAAGACAGCUUACGAUAACUUGACGAUGAUGGCAAGUGCGGACAUGGAUUCCUGCCGCGAAUGCAUGAAGAGAAUCGGAGGAGAUUCGCCGAAUGAGGAUGAUGAAGCAGAUGUUAUCCGUGGUUACAUGCUGCCUUGCAACGACUUGGUCUGCAGGGAUUGCUUUGAGCGAAACCGCAAACCCUUCGAUGAUGCUUUUCACGGUGCGCUUGUCAAUUGUCCCUUCUGUGAGAUGGCGAUUCGACCAAUCUAUGUUCCCAUCACGGCACAGGGGUUAGAAGCCUCCCGUAUGCCAUCUGAGGACAACCUGCAGGAACCACAAGAAGAUCUGAAGACCACCAAGUUUUACGGCGGACCCCAUACGAAGACCAAGGCUCUCCUUCACGAUCUCGAAGCCAUGCGGCAGGAAUCCGAAGCCUACCUCGAAAAGGGCGAACCACCACUCAAAUGUGUCAUCUUCUCCGAAUUUACCUCGCACCUCGACCUGAUCGAACGCGCCCUCACCGACCACGACUACACUUUUGUCCGCAUCGACGGCACUAUGACCCUACCCCGCCGGCGCAAGGUUCUCGACGCCCUCUCCUCAGACGACAGCGUCACCAUCCUGCUGGCCUCCAUCAAAGCCGCCGGCCAAGGUCUCAACCUCACGGCCGCCAGCCGUGCCUUCAUUAUGGAACCGAUGUGGAACCCGGCUGCUGAGCAGCAAGCAGUAGAUCGGAUCUACCGGUUGGGCCAGAAGCGGGAUGUGUUGAUCAAGAGGUACCAGAUGGAGGAUAGUAUCGAGAUGAAGAUCAUGGAUAUCCAAAGGAAGAAACAGGCGUUGGCGGAGGUGUCGAUGGAGAGGAACCAUGAGAAGUUGAGCAAGAAGGAGACGAGGGAGCAGCAUAUGAAGGAGUUGCUGAGCAUGUUUAAAUGA